CACUACAAGGAACGGUGAGCCAGCUAACUUCAGGCCACCUUUCUACAGCACCGCAGAUCCGUCAACAAGGAGGGACAGAAUUACCAUCGCUUCCCAUUGCGACUACACCCUUCUCGACGUCGCGAUACAGGCCACAAAGACCUCCAGGCUUUGACUGGCAGCCGUCUUCGUCGUGCUGCGCUUUCCCAAGUUGCCCCACGUAAUCUCUUCGAAACCAAACAAUCUCCUCGAAGACACUUAGGACAGCAGCCAAAUAAUCUCCCACUACUGAACAGCGCAAUUCACUGCGUGUAUGCAAACAAUGGACGACCCACUGCACAGGGCUUUUGAUUUCGUACACGACUUCCUCCCCCCAGGAACCCUCACGACUCUCCAAACCUACCUCCUCAACCCGUCCAGCCCGCUCCACAACCUCCGCCGCAGCCUGACGGCCCUCGCCGCGGAAAUGCUCUCGCUCCUCACCCCGCUCCUCGACUACCUCGCGGCAUUCCUCUCCAACUCCCCGACCAUCGUCGCAGCGACCGCUACGCUUCUCAUUGCGGUGCUGAUCCUGCAGAUUCUGAGCAUCGUCAAGCGCAUCAUGCUCUUCUGGACGCGCCUCGCGUUCCGAUUGAUGUUCUACGCUGUGAUCGGGGUAGCGGCGUCUAUAGUUUGGCAGAGGGGCGUGGAGAGGACGAUUCGGGAUGCGGUGGUCGUGGGGAGUCAGGUUGGAGGGUGGAUGGCGGGCGUGGUCUCGGUCUGGUGGGAGGAGUAUCAGAGGGCGCAAGCGGCGCAGGCGCAAGCACAGCAAAGUCGAGGGGCAUAUGGGGGGUAUGGGGGACAUCGGCAGGCACGGCAGAGGUAGAAUAUGGGAUGAAGCCGGUGAUGUGUAAGAUUGGUGUAGCAUGGAUUGGUGGGAAUAUGCUUGGUAUGGGCGGUAUGGCGUUAAGAGUAUGGAUGGUGUGUACGGAGUACACUUGGACACUUGAUGAGUGGCACCUGCGUAGAGCCUGUUGAGCUUGGUCUGUCUAUUGAAUAAUUCUGGAGAACAUCAUUGAACCCAGCCACUUUUGAAUCCAUC